GAAGAUUUCCAUGCACGGAUCAAGCCUUCUUGGAAUCCUAUGGUCGAGAGAGGAGAGAAGGAGCAUGACGUAGCCGUCGACUUUGGGGGGCGCUUCGGAUGCUCCGGACUGCUGAUUAGUCUCGUAUGGAGGGGAAGGACGCAAUCACCACUGAAGACACCCUGCUUCUAAACCUGACCACUGUUGCCACACAAGACGUCGACGGCUUUCUCCAAGGAUUUCCUGGCAAAAACUCGCCCUACACAGCCACCCAGGCAAUACUUAUCGCCUUGGUGCUCGGCAGUAUCAUCGUCGGGACUGUGAUCGGUAACAUUUUGGUUUGCGUCGCCGUGUUCCUCGUUAGAAAGCUGCGAAGGCCUUGCAACUAUCUCUUGGUUAGCCUUGCAGUUAGCGAUCUCUGCGUCGCUCUUCUGGUAAUGCCGAUGGCGUUGCUCUACGAGAUUUCCGGUAAUUGGUCCUUCGGUGCAAUUAUGUGCGAUCUUUGGGUUAGCUUCGACGUGCUCAGUUGCACGGCCAGCAUCCUGAAUCUCUGCAUGAUCUCUGUGGACCGAUUCUGUGCCAUAACGAAGCCGUUGAAAUACGGGGUGAAAAGGACGCCACGAAGAAUGAUCGUCUACGUCAGCCUUGUUUGGCUAGGGGCAGCUUGCAUUAGUCUGCCACCAUUGUUGAUUAUGGGAAAUGAACACACUUAUUCUGAGACUGGACCAUCCCAUUGCGUUGUUUGCCAGAAUUUCUUCUACCAGAUUUACGCCACGCUUGGGAGCUUCUAUAUACCUUUGUUCGUGAUGAUUCAGGUAUACUACAAAAUAUUCUGCGCGGCGCGUAGGAUAGUUCUGGAAGAAAGAAGAGCACAAAGCCAUUUGGAAGCACACUGUUACUUCGACAUAGAGCCGACAGUGCAACAGCAUCAGCCAGUAACUGUGAACCGUCAAUUAAAUUCCGAUGUGCAGCCAGGACAUGGUAGUCCGCCCGUAAAGCAACAUCGAAGUUCGAGCGCCUCGACCACGAUACAAUCGAACCCUCGUGGCGAUACGCAGGAUAAUAUAAAAUCGUGUAGUGGUCAUACAGUGCGAUGUUUUACCGGUGGUCCUCGCAAAAGCCAUGAGUCGCAAUGUCCAAUGCUUCAGAAGCUCGAGAAGCCCGUCCUCUCUUCGUCCACGACAACUACACCGCCGAUGACAUCAACCAAGUCGACGAUUGUGAGAAACCACUUGAACAGCACCUGUAGUGUAACAAAUUCGCCGCAUCAGAAGAAAUUAAGGUUCCAUCUGGCAAAAGAAAGAAAAGCCAGUACUACAUUAGGAAUCAUAAUGAGCGCUUUCAUAGUUUGUUGGUUACCGUUCUUCGUAUUAGCUUUGGUCAGGCCAUUCCUUAAGAAUCCAGAUGCUAUCCCAGCAUUUUUAUCCAGUCUAUUUCUUUGGCUUGGUUAUUGCAACAGUCUAUUGAAUCCUAUCAUUUAUGCGACUCUGAACAGAGACUUUCGAAAACCGUUCCGCGAAAUCCUUUACUUCCGUUGCAGUAAUUUGAACCACAUGAUGAGAGAAGAAUUCUAUCAGAGCCAAUAUGGCGAUCCUAUUAAUAAUUGCGAAAUCAAGGCUGGCGAAAUAAACGCCGAACGUCUCAAUAAUCAAGGUAUCGAAUCAAUCGACAUUGCUGCAAACGCUCCUAAUGAGAGCUUCCUGUGA